AUGACUACUGCUCUAAAUCCUUCAUUUACAACCAGUUUUUGGGGGAAAGAUGAUAGAGGUUCAGAAGUUGUUAUCAACAGAAUGCACCAAGGUGCUCAAACAUGUGAAGAAUUAUUAGCUUUCCAUAAAGAAAGAAUCCAACUUGAAGAGGAAUAUUCUCGUCGUUUGAAUGCAAUUUCCAAAAAGACAAGAGGUACUUAUGAAACUGGGUUUUUAAGAGAAUCAUUUGAAACUUUAAGAAAUGAAACUGAGCAAAUGUCAAGAUCUCAUUUAAAUCAAGCUAGAAAAUUACAUUCUGAAGCGUUAUUAAAAGUUGAUGCAUUCUUAUCAAAUUUUUUAGCCAAAUGUAAACCAUUAGAAACCUCUGUGGAAAAUUUAAGAAAGAACAAAAAUCAAUUAGAAGUUCAAGUUUCAAGAUUAAAAGAAAAAUAUGCAAAUGAAGUUUCAAAAUUAAAUACUUAUAUUGCUCAAGAAAAUUUGUUAUUAGGUAAAGAAUUGGAGAAAAAUCAUGAUAGAACAUUUAGACAACAACAAAUAGUUUCAGAACUAAGAUCUGAAUAUCAUCAUGCAACUCAAAAACUAGAAGAAACUCAAAAAGUUUGGAUUAGUGAAUGGAAGAAUGCAAGUUCAAAAUUACAAGAUUUGGAAAUGGAGAGAAUUCAAUUUAUUGUUUCAAAUCUUUGGGAAUAUACAAAUACAGUAUCAACAUCAUGUGUUACAGAUGAUGCUGCUUGUGAAAAUGUUAGAGCUUCUUUGGAGCAAUGUGAUCCCCAAAAGGAAAUUUCAACUUUUGUUAAAAAGUUUAAAACAGGUUCAGAGAUUUAUUCUUCACCAAAAUUUGUGGAUUAUUUGAAUGGUGGUGAUGAAAGAGAUUCGAAUCCAGUUAUAAUAGAGAAAGCUCAACUUUUCGAUUCAAGAUCAACUUCUGCAGCUUCACAACAACAACAACAAAAACAACCUGUUUCAAGAUUGCAUUCCCAAGUAUCAUCUAGUACAUUUGAUCAUCAUACCCAAGCUAAAUCAACUCCUAAAUUACAAAGAAGACCUCCACCUUCAGAUGAUGGACAAACUUCCAUAUCAAACCCUUCAAGUACAGGAUUGCAUAGAGAGGAAAGUGGAUACUCAAAUCCAACUUCAAUUUCAAGUUUCACUGAAAGUGUUGAUAAUGAAGCAAGAUUAUCCAAAAAUUGGAACUCACCACUACGUCGUCGUAGUAGAAAUUCAGAAUUUGGUGAAAGUUGGAAUAGUGGUAGAAAGAAUUCAAGUAGGAAAUCAUUUAUAUUGGAACAACAACCAACAAAACCCCAACAACAACCACAAUAUGUUGUACCACCUAAUGAAGAUCCAUUAAGAGCCACUUUAGAAGAUUUGAAAAUUGGUGGUAAUGGUGAUAUGAAUAAAUUCCGUGAAUUGUUACAAAAUAAUGGACAUCCUAAUCAAAUAACAAAUACCAGAUCAGAACCUAGAAAAUCUAAGCCAACUAUAAUAGAUUUAACAGAAACACCACCUUUACAACCAGAUUUCUCAAGUUCAAUGUCAAGUGAUAGAACAAAUGCCACCACUAUAAGACCAAAAUCAAUGAUUAUGGAUACCAAUACUAAUUUUAUUGAUGAAAAAUCAAUGAAACGUUCUUCAUUCCAUGCAGGUUUAAGAUCUCAAAGUAAAUCUUCAAUAAACCUACAGGCAAAAGUUUCAAGUAAUGGAUUACCAUUAGUGACAAGAGAAGGUAGAAGAGUUAUAAAACAUGCAAGAGCUAUAUUUGAUUUCAAGGCUACAAUUGAAGGAGAAUUAUCAUUUAAAGAGAAUGAUCUAUUGUUAGUUGUUCAUAUGCAAGAUGAUGGUUGGUGGGAAUGUGAAAAAUUGGAUAAUGGGAAAACUGGACUUGCUCCAUAUAAUUAUUUGGAGCGUGUAUGA